GUUUUGCUCUUCCACUGACGAAGCUCAUAAAAGAGAAGUGAUGAUGAUUACGACCAAAAUGUUCAUGCUUCAGCAAGUACGCUCCGUUCCUCUCGCACGUGCGAUCCGCCCGCGUUCCUUCACCGUCUCCGCCUCCACCACCAUCACGCCGUCGCGUAACCUCACUUCCUCCACCUCCUCCUCACGAGCCCCUCACGUGGAUGCCCUCGUCCUCCUCGGCAUGUCCGAACAAGAUCUUCAACAACUCGCCAUCGAUUUCGGCCAGCAAAGUUACAGAGGAAAGCAGCUUCACCAUUUAAUUUAUAAGAGAAAGGCAAAAGAGAUUCAGGAUUUUAGUCACUUGCCUCAAGCAUUUAGAAAUGAUCUUAUAGAAGCUGGAUGGAGAAUAGGAAGGUCUCCUAUUUACCACACUGUUAGUGCAGCUGAUGGCACUGUUAAGUUAUUGAUAAAGUUGGAAGACAACAGAUUGAUUGAAACAGUUGGCAUACCAGUUGCAGAUGAAAAGGGUUCAAUGCGACUUACUGCUUGUGUGUCAUCACAGGUAGGCUGCCCAUUACGCUGUUCAUUUUGUGCCACUGGAAAGGGAGGGUAUUCGAGGAAUCUUCAGAGGCAUGAAAUUAUUGAGCAGGUGUUAGCUAUCGAGGAUAUCUUCAAGCACAGGGUGACAAAUGUAGUGUUCAUGGGAAUGGGGGAGCCCAUGUUGAAUUUGAAGUCAGUACUUGAUGCACAUCGAUGCUUGAAUAAGGACGUGCAAAUUGGGCAAAGAAUGAUUACAAUUUCCACCGUGGGAGUUCCAAACACCAUAAAAAAGCUGGCUUCUCACAAACUUCAGUCAACAUUGGCCGUCAGCAUACAUGCUCCAAACCAGAAACUAAGGGAAAUGAUUGUGCCCAGUGCAAAAUCCUACCCCCUUGAUGCACUUAUGAAGGAUUGCCGGGAUUACUUUGCUGAAACCAGUAGACGAGUUUCCUUUGAAUAUGCACUUCUAGCUGGAGUGAAUGAUUCAGUAAAGCAGGCAGUAGAACUAGCUGAACUACUGCACAAGUGGGGACGUAAUUAUCAUGUCAAUCUGAUACCUUUCAAUCCAAUAGAGGGUUCUGAGUAUCAACGGCCGAAUAAAAAAGCGGUGUUGGCAUUUGCAGGUGCACUGGAAACCCGUAAAGUAACUGUUAGUAUACGUCAAACAAGGGGCCUGGAUGCAAGUGCUGCCUGUGGACAGCUAAGAAAUAACUUCCAGAAAAAUCCUCUGCUGACUGAAUCUGAUAGCAAACAAUCACAAGCAAAUGUUGCAAUUGCAUGUUGAAUAUUGCAGAGCGAUGCCAUGAUUUUGCUCGUUUGCAUCUGCAGUAAGCAUGAUUGAUCCAAUGCUGGGGCUUUGCUGUUUAUGUAAAUUGUCACAAUUCGAUAGAUAUUAUUGACUGCAAAAACAGGUUUCUUCAGCACAUGAAGCAGAAAAUUCUGGUAACAUCAAUGGAGUUGCUGGCAAAAGUUGAUGGCUGCCGGCGAUGUGCAAGGGAAAAGUAAAUGAUUAUAUUUCCCUUGCAUUUCACUUUAUUCUUAUUGUAAGGAGCUAAAAUACAUCUCUAUACAGCAGUAGAAGAGCAAUUCCAUGUUUAUUUGUUUAACUUUAUAUUUGCUGUACCAAUUCCAAACUUACAAAAUUAUAGUGACAAUAAGCAUGAAGCUAAAGUUUUAUCGUAUCGGACUUAAC